GUAAUUACAGGGUGCCCGGCAGCCCGCGGGCCGGCGCGGAGUCGGAGUCGGGGCGUCAAUCUCGCCGGCGCUCCUGCCCCGCGCCCGCCUGUAAAGAGAGGUCCUGGACGCCGAGUUAAACUUCAACGCGGUCGCUGGAGUCGGGGGACAACGCCGCCCAAACCACGCGAUCUCCGGCCAGCCGGGUCGGGGCGCUGCGCGGGCGGCCCGUCCUUGGUCCUUGGCCGAGCGCUUGCGGUCUCGCUCCGGUUUCUGCCCACAGCUGGUAAACAAGGGCGUGGAAAAGAUACCCCAGUCAGCGGUGACGAGGACUCCAGUGCCCGAAGCGCAGCUCGCCCGGCCCUAGCUCAGUGCCGGGCCCUCAGUGUGGACUGGGCCGGCCCUGGGAGCCCCCACAGGCUCUACCUGACCGUGCAGCAAGCCCUGCUGGACAAGGGGUGCGAGAACAAGAGUCAGGGGACGAAAGAAGAGAAGCUCCUGAAGAGGCAGGCGCCGGGCCCCAGGCGGGACCGGGAGGCCCAGGAAGCUGGUGGCGCCAUGAAUGUAGAGAAAACAGGUGGGCGGCUCUUUGGCAGCGGGAGGUGCUCGAGCCUGGCGGGGCCGCCAGGUGCAGCCCCCAUGGUGCAUAGGAUGGUGGAGGCCAUGUCCCAGCUGCAGGAGGAGAAAGCCCGGCUACAGGAGGAGCUGGCAGCCCUACAGGAGAGGCUGGCCCUCCGAGACAGUGACCAGCAAGCCACAUCCACCCAGCUGCAGAAUCAGGUGGAAAACCUGAAGGAGAAGCUCAUUAGCCAAGCCCAGGAAGUGAGCCGCCUUCGAUCAGAGCUGGGAGGCACGGACUUGGAGAAACACCGGGACCUGCUGAUGGUGGAGAAUGAACGGCUGAGGCAGGAGAUGCGGCGCUUCGAGGCAGAGCUGCAGGAGCUGCGGGCCAAGCCGGUGGCCCCCUGCACGGGCUGCGAGCACAGCCAGGAGAGCGCCCAGCUCCGGGACAAGCUGUCACAGCUGCAGCUGGAGGUGGUGGAGAACAAGGGCAUGCUGUCGGAGCUGAACCUGGAGGUGCAGCAGAAGACCGACCGGCUGGCGGAGGUCGAGCUGCGGCUCAAGGACUGCCUGGCCGAGAAGGCGCAGGAGGAGGAGCGGCUGAGCCGACGCCUCCGGGACAGCCACGAGACCAUCGCCAGCCUGCGGGCCCAGUCGCAGCCAAUCAAGUAUGUCAUCAAGACCGUGGAAGUGGAGUCGUCCAAGACCAAGCAGGCCCUCAGCGAGUCCCAGGCCCGGAACCAGCACCUGCAGGAGCAGGUGGCCAUGCAGAGGCAGGUGCUGAAGGAGAUGGAGCAGCAGCUGCAGAGCUCGCACCAGCUGACCGCGCAGCUCCGGGCGCAGAUCGCCAUGUACGAGUCAGAGCUGGAGCGGGCACACGGGCAGAUGCUGGAGGAGAUGCAGUCCCUGGAGGAGGACAAGAACCGGGCCAUCGAGGAGGCCUUUGCCAGAGCCCAGGUGGAGAUGAAGGCUGUGCAUGAGAACCUGGCAGGUGUCCGGACAAACCUGCUGACGCUGCAGCCAGCGCUGCGGACCCUCACCAACGACUACAAUGGGCUCAAGCGGCAGGUGCGUGGCUUCCCCCUGCUCCUGCAGGAGGCUCUCAAGAGCGUCAAGGCCGAGAUCGGCCAAGCCAUCGAGGAGGUCAACAGCAACAACCAGGAGCUCCUGCGCAAGUACCGCCGGGAGCUGCAGCUGCGCAAGAAGUGCCACAAUGAGCUCGUGCGGCUGAAAGGGAAUAUCCGGGUGAUUGCUCGUGUCAGGCCAGUCACCAAAGAGGACGGAGAAGGACCCGAAGCGACCAAUGCUGUGACCUUCGAUGCUGACGAUGACUCCAUCAUCCACCUACUGCACAAAGGAAAGCCUGUGUCCUUUGAGCUGGACAAGGUCUUCUCCCCGCGGGCCUCACAGCAGGACGUGUUCCAGGAGGUACAAGCCCUGAUCACCUCCUGUAUUGACGGCUUCAACGUCUGCAUCUUUGCCUAUGGCCAGACAGGUGCCGGCAAGACCUACACGAUGGAGGGGACCCCCGAGAACCCAGGCAUCAACCAGCGGGCCCUGCAGCUGCUCUUCUCCGAGGUGCAGGAGAAGGCGUCCGACUGGGACUACACCAUCACCGUCAGCGCUGCCGAGAUCUACAACGAGGUCCUCAGGGACUUGCUGGGGCAGGAGCCCCAGGAGAAGCUGGAGAUCCGGCUGUGCCCAGACGGCAGCGGGCAGCUGUACGUGCCGGGGCUGACAGAGUUCCGGGUGCAGAGCGUGGAGGACAUCAACAAGGUGUUUGAGUUUGGCCACACCAACCGCACGACCGAGUUCACCAACCUGAACGAGCACAGCUCCCGCUCACACGCCCUGCUCAUCGUGACGGUGCGCGGGGUGGACUGCAGCACGGGCCUCCGCACCACGGGGAAGCUGAACCUGGUGGACCUGGCCGGCUCGGAGCGUGUGGGCAAGUCAGGGGCUGAGGGCAGCCGCCUGCGGGAGGCGCAGCACAUCAACAAGUCGCUGUCAGCCCUGGGGGACGUCAUCGCCGCCCUGCGCUCCCGCCAGGGCCACGUGCCCUUCCGCAACUCCAAACUCACCUACCUGCUGCAGGACUCGCUCAGUGGAGACAGCAAGACCCUCAUGGUGGUGCAGGUGUCCCCCGUGGAGAAGAACACCAGCGAGACGCUGUAUUCCCUGAAGUUUGCAGAGAGGGUGCGCUCUGUGGAGCUGGGCCCUGGGUCCCGCAGGGCAGAGCUCGGGUCCUGGUCCAGCCAGGAGCACUUGGAGUGGGAGCCGGCUUGCCAGACCCCACAGCCCUCGGCACGAGCACACUCAGCCCCCAGCUCCGGGACCACCAGCCGCCCAGGCUCCAUCCGGAGGAAGCUGCAGCCCUUGGGGAAGUCAAGGCCGGUGCCUGUGUGAUGGACGUGUCCACCCUACCAGACCGGGGACUGGGUCGUGAGGCCUUGCUGGCCCGCUCCUGCUGUAGCACUGGGAGCCUAGGAGGCAAAGGCCAGGGUGGAGGCACCUCUUCCACCCCGUCUCCACUCAGAGAUGAGAAACAUGCUCAGAAGGAAAUGGUGUCUCUCGUCCGUGGCUGUGGGUUCAAGUGGCACAGGCCGGAAGGGUAGGGAUGGCCCACUCUGCCUGGCAGGCCCGGGCCAUCAGGGGGCCCUCACGGGGAGGGCAGGAGUAUGCGGGAAGGUGGUCCUCUCGCCCAGCCUGGUCUGACUCUCCCCUGCCUGCCGGGCCCCGUCUCUAGUGGGUGCGCUGAGGAGCCCCCGGGGGGCACAGGAACCAUGACACCCGGGCAGUUUGGUGGGCACCCUGAGGCAGCCCUGGCCACACGCGGGCCCUGUGCUGGACAUGUACAUAGUGUUCUAGGUGUACAUAGGGGCACGGCCCUCCCCGCCGAGGGCUGGCCUGUAUUUAUGGCUGGCAGGAGGCCAGUGGGCGGGGAUUCUGCUGCUCCCCUCAUCUGCCUGGUACCAGGCGCUCUCCUUGCUCACUGGCCUCUUGACAUCUUCCCCCCUUUGAAAUCCUAUUUAAGAACUUUUGGAAGCUUAGCCAUUUUUACUUAAAAUAAAAACCUUUUU